GGUCACGCAGGCGUCAUGGCGGCGCUGUGUGGGUACCAUGCCAGGGCCGCAGGGAGCCGAUUCCUAAGAGCGCUUCUCUUCUCCAAGCCCUUUCGAAAUGCAGGCACGGAGAGUGGUUCCGAGAGCGUGGUCGGCGACUCCUCCGCUCCUCGGGCGCGCUCAGGCGGCUUCGCGAGCGCUCUGGAGCGACUCUCGGAGCUGCAGCGGAAGGCGGAGCAAGGACCGGAGUCUCCAAAAAUUGUAGAAUCCUUUGCUUCCAUGCUGAGACACUCUCCGCUGACACAGAUGGGGCCUGCCAAGGACAAAGUGGUCAUUGGGCGGAUCUUUCAUAUUGUGGAGGAUGAUCUCUACAUAGAUUUCGGUGGCAAGUUUCACUGUGUUUGUAAAAGACCGGACGUGGAUGGCGAGAAGUACCAGAGGGGCACCAGGGUCCGGCUGCGACUUCUGGAUCUUGAGCUAACAUCUAGGUUCCUGGGCGCAACCACAGAUACAACUAUACUGGAGGCCGAUGCAGUUCUCUUAGGACUCCAAGAAAGCAGAGACUCAAGAUCGAGAGAGGAAUAACUCAACAAGUAAAUGAACUGUGCUUGGUUCAGUCAGAGCGAGCUCUGUUUUGAGCCCAGACAGCUGUCAAGAAUGCAGUUAGAAAACUGUGAAUAAGUGAUUGAAUAAAGUUGUA